CUCAUCAAUACGGCUUUCAUGGCGUCGGUACCAACGCACCCCCGGUACCUCAUGGUACUCAGCAUCUUUCUCUCGUUGCUCAAAGUGUCCGCCGGGCAGAGAGGGGAGCCCCUUCUGGUAGGCCUGCAGGAGGGCAUGGUGCUGGACUGCCGGUGUCCCUGGAACGGCAGCUUCAGCAUGGUGACCUGGACCAAGAGCCCCGACAGGAACAACCCCAUCGCCAUCUUCCACCCAGUCCACGGCAUGACCUUCUCCUGGCGCUACAGCCAGCGGGUGGAGUUCCCCAGGGCGGAGACGAUGGACGGCAGCAUCGUUCUGAGGAACAUCACGCACCAGGACCUGGGGGUGUACCACUGCACCAUCACCACCUUCCCCCUGGGCUCCUGGUCCCGCGACGUGACGGUGGAGGACCAAGACGAGCCCCCCGAGGAGGAGGAACGGUUCGCCGACCCUCCUGGCCCCGCCCUCCCCCCGGCGGCCGUGCAGGUGACGUCGAGGAGCGGCGACGGCGUCAGCCUCCCCUGUUCCCACGGCGACGGCGGCCACGACAACGGAACGGCGGCGGUCUUGCAGGUCUUUGUGGAGCGCUACGUCGAGGCGGACCCGGACCCCCUGUGGAGCUCAAGGGUGAACUGCACGGAGGACCUGUCCGCCUGCAGCCUGAGGAUGGAGGGCGUGACCCCGGAGGACGGAGGGCUCUACGGCUGCCGCUUCGUCACGGCCACCGGGGAGACCACCGCCACCGUGAUGCUCACCGUGACCGACGCAGGUGAAUUCAGGAUGUCUGAUUAUGUGAAGUAUCUUUACAUCGGAGGUGGUGCUGCUGGCUUCCUGCUCCUUCUCUCCGUGUUCCUGGUACUACUGACCAUAUACUGGAAGAAAAAGAGACGAGAGGGAAGCAGAUUGAAAGGUCGAUCACGGCAGGGGGACCUGUUGGAAACGAACAACUACGUCAGCCGCCAAAGGAAGGAGGAGCCAGUGUAUGGAAACGUGCCCUCGGCAUCGCGACUCGCACUCGCACGAAGCCACAAAGCUGCUCGUUAACUGAACGUGCGUGCGUGCGUGCGUGUGUGUGUGCGUGUGUGUGUGUGUGUGUGUGAUUAUUGGAUGUAUAAAGCAUUAAAUUGUCCUUGUGAGCAGAAACGGAGGGGAUUACAUUGCUUAAUGCUGUGUUUAUUAUUUUUCUACUGUGAGUUAACGUAACUAUUGCUUUGUGAUUUAUUCUACUUUAAGACCACAUAGUACUAUGUAUGUCAUUAUUGAGUAGUUUUUCUCAUAAAUCAUACGUUUUCCAUUUCAUUUUAUUUAUUUCUGAUUCAUGUUUUUUUACAACAUGAACAACCCUAGACAGUAUAACUAUUCCUCUAUGAUUCAUUGUUUAAUUUUAUUUCGUUAUUCUGUUACGACCACAUAGCAGAACUAUUCCUCUCCAUCCAUGGUAAUCCGACGAUACCGAACGAGGCGUGUUGAUUUAUCGUUCAAACAGAGGAGCUACUGUUUGUCACCUGUGGUUUGUUUCUCUGGAUGGGAGCUGGUUGUUCCUCCUGCUGCUCCAGCCAUGAAUCAAAUGUCACCCGGCAGCAUGAAGAUCAUCAAGAGUUAUUAGAUAAACCUAACAUUUUUUCGCAUACAAGAAAAAGGCUAAUUAUCACAAAAUAGGCAUUCAGAAGAAUUCCCUGACCCAAUGUAAUUUGAUUUUAGUUAUUCGUAAAGGUUUAAACAUUAUUUAUAUGCAUGUGGUUCGCAAUAAAAGGCACACACACCAGUCUUCAUAUUACUAUGGGAAGUCUGAUUGGCAGACUAUGGCUGAAAUGUUUGAACGGCAUUUUACUGUCUUUACCUUCGCUUGUUUUUCCACCAAUCGCAUCGAUGGAGGCGAGGAUCCGGACGUGGUGAUUGGUGAACACAAGCGAAGGCAGCAUUAGCUUACUGUUAGAAAAGGUUUCUGGAAGGGUUUCCCCAUAAACAUAGUGUAGACUGGGUAAUCUGUAUAAUCUAAUUAAAAUCCUCCUUAAAUCGCACAAAUGAGUGAUCUUUGUGACACCGCAUCGAAACAAGAAGUAACUCGCCCCUACUGUGUCUGGUUUUCGGUCUGGUUUCUCUGCACUGCCCCCCCCCCUCUAUAAAGUAGUACUUCCUGAUCUGGGAUUACCUAGAAAUGAAGGGGUGAAGAAUCACCAGGCAGCUGAUAUGACGGCCAAGAAGACGGACAUGCCAUUGGGGGAGAAUGCAUCAUAGUUAUUUAUAUAAUAUGUUACAAAAUGUUGUCGCUGUUCAUUUAAUGUUCCAUCAAUGGUGUUGACUCCUUCUAUUAAUGUUUUGUUUGGCUUGGUUGUAUGUGCAAUGAGGCACAGCUAAGACUGAAAAUAAAUAGCCUACAUUCGAUUUGACUACUGUCCACUUGUUUAAUAACCGAGCUCGAAUGAUACUAUUUUAUUUGAGCAAGGUAUGUACACAUUCAGCCCUAUAUCAUCUCACGUAGACUGCACAUAGCCUACAGGGAAGAGGGAAAUUAAAAGGUAUAACGGUAGCAGGCAUCUGUGAACAAUUCUGGUUAUUAAAUGUUACAUAAAAUCGAAAUAGAAAGGCCUAGCAGCUACAGCUCUGACAACCCAAUG